AUGGACCAUCCGCACCGGCACCGCUACUAUUCGCACGACAGCGACAUGCACACGCUCUACGACGAUCCACCACCGGCAUACACGCCGCUAGCAGCAUCGCACACCUCGUACACAAACCUGCGCAGCACGUCCUCGCCCAGCCAAAGCCAUUUCCGCACCUACAACGGCAGCGCCAACACCUUUACCAAACCCCACCCUAGCAUCGACGCGCACUGCUGGGAGUCCGCUCGCUCAAACUUCAUACCAAAGACUAGCUCCAGCUCCAGCUCCAGCUCCAGCUCAAAGCCCCACCCAACGACAACCACACGACCAAGCACAAGCCCAAGCCCCAGCUCAAACACAUACACAACCCCAGCCCCAAAAUCGCGACACGCAAGCUCCUCCUCCAGGCGGCGGCGACGCGCCAGCACCAGCGCCAGCGACAGAGACAGCGACAGCGACAGAGCCAGUGACAGGGCCAGAGCCAGAGCCGAACACAACGCGACCUGCCCCUUCUGCCGCGACGCGAGCUUCAGGGCCCGCACCCGCUUCGUCACGCAGUCCGUCGUGCUGCCCUUUGUCUGUGAUUUUGCUUCGAGGCUGUUUGCGCUUACGGCGUUUUUGGGUUGA